AAUGCGCGCCUUCGGCUUCUCGUUGCCGUCUGCAAUGUAUGUGCGACAUGUGGCGUGAAAAGUCGAAGUCGAUAAGCAUUUGAUCGAGCUUGUUUUAGGUAUUUAUAAUGGGAAACCGACUGGCGGCCUUCGUUAGCAGACCAGUCAGGGACUUUAAUAUCGAAAACCGCGUAGACAGGGUUAUCAGCGCCGAGAAGCCGAAGACGGCACCACGACAUCCGAGCGACGCCAAGCACGAACCCAAGGCAGCCGACACAAGCAGGGUGCAAGAAAAACGGGAGGACCUUUUGGAGCGCCUGAGGAGCGUCAAGGUGGUGUCGUCAGAUCCAGACCCACAGGCGCAAGAAAGUGCACCACCCAGGUCAGACCGGCCGCUGCCACAGAGCCGAGCUGUGCCGCUGGAACAGAAGUACGGCUACUUUGAACCAGCUGUGGUGCCACGAGGUCGGCUGACGCUGCGUCAGGCAACGCAGAUGCUGGCCGAUGUGAAGAUGGAGCCGGGCACAUUCACGCCCGAGGCAGUGGCCGCGCAGUACAGCCUCGACGAAAGGGAUGUGCGCAACGUGUUGCGCUACUUCAGCGUCUUCCGUGUGCACUCGAUUCAGUCGGUCACGCAAGACCUUACCAGCAUCGAUGACAUGAAAGCCGCGUUACUCUCUUUUAGGCAAGACUCAAAGGACACAGACCAGAAAGAAAAGGCAGAUGGUGCACAGGACGAUAGAACACUUGACCCUAAGAAGUGAUGUAGAAUGCAGUGUGUGUGUGUGUGUGUGUGUGUGUGUGUGUGUGUGUGUGUGUGUGUGAAUGACUUGGCAAGGAGAGCAGAACAUGUGGAAUGCGAACAGUGCAACAGCUGUUGAAGCAGUACAUAUGGAGUGCUCACUGAUCAUUCUUCAGGCAACGGUUAUAAGUAGAUGAACCUUUUCGUGCAAUGAGGAAUGUAAGAAUGCUCCUAAGCUGGAAAGUGAGUUGAGGGCCGCGGCUUUGCACACUGACGGUUUGGGUUGUAGGUACAGCUAGAAAUUGCCAACUAUUUUAUCCCCCACUCUAUUUGAUGACAGUAAGCCUGGUAGUGCGAUAAAGGAUGCUUGCACCCACUCGUUUCAAGGAUAUGCCCGUAAUUAGCAGGCAUGUCUGGCAAAACAUCUGCGAGAACGCUAGACCAAGUUCCCUGGCCGAAAUAAUGGUUGGUGCAUUUAGUGCUGUUACACUGUCAGUGCAGAGGAAGUAUACCUUUAAGUGCAUAAAAUAAAUAGAAGGAGCAGUUUUUUUUUUAAUCCUCCAAAACCCGAAUAUUGGUGUGUUAGUUUAAAGGCGAACACCUUCUACAGUGCUCUGUCUGGCUGUCUUAAAAUAGAGUGACUCUCCAGCAGAUUUUAGUUUUUUUUUAGUUUUAAUAAAAACUGGCCCAACGUUUCGAGGCCAAUUCGGCCUCUUCUUCCGAGGGUCCCGCCCUCUGAAGGCGGAUGCCGUUUUUAA